AUGUUGCAUGUGAUAUCAGACGAGAUGAACUCUCUCGUCUGCUCGUCAAGCUGCCUGGCUCCAAAGCCCGAGCAUGAUCCCUCACCAGUGCCUGAAGUGCCGACUGGCCUAGUGCGUAGCGUCACCAUUCUGAAAAUACACCAUAACAAACGUUGGUACACUCAUCAUAACUCGAGGGAUCUCGCAUACUACAAGUUUCCUGGGUUCAUCUUAGCCUUCCUUGAUUCGAGAUGGGAAGAUAAAACCCACCUUCGCAGGGCCUAAAAAGAAGUAGGGAAGUGGAGCAUGGAAGGAUAAGCUUGAUCAUGGGAAACAAGAAGUCUUCACCAGUAACCAAGAUCGGAGUUUAUUCCUUAGUGUUGAGUAAUGGGUUAGGGCUAGAUUUAAAUAAUUGUUGCUAUUCGCCAGAUAUGGCAAGAAACAUCAUUUCUUUUCAUGGUUUGUUUAGACAAGGUUUCAGAUAUUCAUUUGAUAAUAGUAAUGG